AUGUUGACGUCUCAACAGCUAUUAUUAACCUCAAGCAGUUAUUUGAACGGUCUCAAAACCAUUUUUAUCAACACAAAUACUUCCGCAAUGUCUGAAGAUUCUUAUGCUGCCUCUAUAGAUCUCUUGCGAAGAUUGGAUCCAAAAAAUGUGUCAAGAAACUUGACUAACCUUUGUCGUUUAGUUCCUGAUUUGGCCGAUGAAUUGUUGUCAUCGGUUGAUCAGCCAUUGCAAUAUCGCAAGUGUGAGGAAAGUGGAGACAACUUUUUGAUUUGUGAUUACAACAGAGAUGGUGACUCUUAUAGAUCUCCAAAAUCAAACAAUUAUUAUCCACCACUCUCCGGUGAGGACGCGGAAUUGGCACCAAAACCUUUGAAUGACCUCCGUGAGCUCGAAGUGUUUGCUAAUGACUCCUUUGAUAUUUAUAGGGACUUAUAUUACGAAGGUGGCAUCUCUUCAGUUUAUAUGUGGAACCCAAAUGAUUAUGAGGAUGAAACUGACAUCAAUGAUAUCACCAAUGGUUUUGCUGCUGCGGUUUUAUUCAAGAAGGAAUCGGAUGUUUCAAGUUCUAUUUGGGAUAGUAUUCAUGUGAUCAAUGCAGAGAAAAUCUCCCCAGAAACCUUCAUUUACACUUUAACUACUACAAUCAUCAUGAGUAUGGAAGACAGCGACGCCGAACAAGGUAUCUCAUUGAGUUUAUCUGGUAGCUUGACUAGACAAUCAGAAAAGAAGGCUGCUGCCAAAAGUUAUAUUGACCACAUCACAAACAUGGGUACUUUGGUUGAGGAUAUGGAAUCCAAGUUAAGAAAUAUGAUACAGGAGGUCUAUUUCAGCAAGACUAGAGAUGUGGUGGGUGAUUUGAGAACUAUUAACAAAGUUUCCAACUUGUACAACGAAAAAAGUAUGCAGAGCGAGGUCAUCAAAGGCAUACAGGGCCGCUGA